AGGGUGCAUUCUUGUUAAUAUAUUUAAUUUAAUCCAGCAUGAACUCUGCGUUGUUCGAUUAUAACCAAGAAAUAUCAAUUUUAUCAACUUGAUACAAUAAUACAGAGAAGGCAGCCAAGUGUUUAAAAAGGAGGAGAAAAGUCCAAACUAAGGAAUCGGCACUAUUAUCAACAAGAUACUCUUCUCUUCCUCCAAAAGGAGACAGAAAAAAAAUGCAAUCAAGCAGGAGUUUAGUCAAAACUGCUCGGACGCAUGAAGUUCACAGAAGAAUCUCAGGAGGCCUUCAACAUCAAGAUGGAAGAAAGAUAAGUAGAGUUUCUCAGAGAGCUAAAUUAUCUGUAAAAAGGCUUGGAAUGGCAUUAACCAAAACAAAACUCAGACCAAAGCAAAGAAAACACACUCCUCAAAAGAAGCAAAGCGGGCCUAAAAUCAACAUCACCGACCUCUCAACCCCUUCCAGAAACCACCUCUUACCAGGCUUAUCCAUCUUCACCCAUUCCAACCCAACUAAUUCCUCUUCAACCCACAAAGAGCACUCCGAUCCUUACUCUACUCAAUUCAAACUUCAAAAAAUCCAAAAAUCCAAAAACCAGUGCUCUCAAAAUUCCAAUCUAGAAUCAAAGAGUACAAAUAGCUUCUCUAGAGCCUACAUUCCGAGCUCUAAUGCUUUAUUAGCAAGGUUGUGAGGAAAGCCUGCCAAGGCUUUCCUCACAACUCAGCUUAAGAAAUCACGAGAAAAGGGAAACCAGGCUUCAGAGAAAGAGUUGAGAGAAAAUGAUAGAGUUGUUGAUCUCUCUGAAGCGGAGAUAAAUUCAUCAUGAGUGAAAAUGAAGAAGUUGCUUGGAAGAAUAGACAGAGUUUCUACAAUCCCUAAAACACCUACAAGAACUUCCAAAUCCAUCCCACCAAGGUCAGCCAAAGUUUGAGUGAGGAGAAGAGUCAGAGUUUAUGAUAAACCUAUUGAUGUGUAA